GAAGCCUCUGAGCUGAAAGGGGCCUGAAGGGGGCUGGCAUGGGUCCUGAGCUGCCGGGAACUUGGCUGUUGGUCGUCACCUGGCUCCCAGCAGGGUGCCUGUCCUUGCUGGUGACAGUCCAACACACAGAGCGCUAUGUCACCCUGUUUGCUUCGGUUGUCCUCAAAUGUGACUACACCACCUCUGCCCAGCUCCAGGAUGUGGUGGUGACAUGGCGUUUCAAGUCCUUCUGCAAGGACCCCAUCUUUGACUACUACUCUGCAUCAUACCAGGCAGCUUUAUCCUUGGGCCAGGACCCAUCCAAUGACUGUAAUGACAACCAGCGAGAGGUACGCAUUGUGGCCCAGCGGCGGGGACAGAAUGAGCCUGUUCUGGGGGUGGAUUACCGGCAGCGCAAGAUCACCAUCCAGAACCGAGCAGAUCUUGUGAUUAAUGAAGUGAUGUGGUGGGACCAUGGAGUAUAUUAUUGUACCAUUGAAGCACCGGGGGACACAUCAGGUGACCCAGAUAAGGAGGUGAAGCUCAUUGUCCUGCACUGGCUGACGGUGAUCUUCAUCAUUCUGGGAGCUCUCCUCCUCCUGCUGCUGAUUGGAGUGUGCUGGUGCCAGUGCUGUCCUCAGUGUUGCUGCUGCCACAUCCGCUGCCCUUGCUGCCCUACUCGCUGCUGUUGCCCUGAGGAAGCCCUGGCCCGCCACCGCUACAUGAAGCAGGCUCAGGCCCUAGUCCCUCAGAUGAUGGAAAAACCCCUGUACUGGGGGGCGGACAGGAGCUCCCAGCUUUCAUCUUACCCAAUGCACCCGCUGCUGCAGCGAGAUUUGUCCCUGCGGUCCAGCCUUCCACAGAUGCCAAUGACCCAGACUGCUACCUACCCUCCCAUUGCCAAUGGCAUCCUAGAGUAUUUGGAGAAGGAGCUGAGGAACCUCAACCCUGCUCAGCCUCUGCCUCCUGACCUCAAAGCCAGAUCUGGCCAUCCCUGCAGCAUGCUGUCCUCCCUGAGCUCCGAGGUCAUGGAACGCAGAAUCAUCCGCCUGCCCCCACUGGUCAAGGACCUACCAUCCUCAGGGAGGACCAGUGACUCCUCACACCCGCAGCGGCACACCCACGUUCCCUCAGGUCCCUGGGAUCUGAGGGAGGAGAGAAGGCAGCACCACUACUCUGAUUGCCAUCAGGAGCCCCAGGACCCUUGGCGAAAGCCUUGGGCACUGGAGCAAAGGGAGCAGGACCACUCCAGGAGUGGGAGGCACCAUAGGUCUAGAUUGAAUGGCUCACCUACACCCUGGUCAGACAGGGACAGCCUCAGUGAUGGCCCCUCGUCCAGUGAGUGGCGUUGGCAUUAUAAUCGCCCUCCUCCCAGGAGCUACCGUCCAGAGACUCACCACAGGCCCAGCCCUCGGGAGAGUGCCCAGAGGCACAGGAGACGCAGGCAUCGUAGCUACUCCCCUCCUCUGCCCUCUGGGCUCAGUUCUUGGAGCUCUGAGGAGGAGAAGGAAAGGCAGCCCUGGAGGAGCUCGGGUGCCCAUCGCCGCCACUCGCACUCCCCAAAGUGGCCUGAGGAGAAGCCACCCAGCUACCGCUCGCUGGAUGUCAUUCCAGGCAAGAAUGACAGGAAAAAAGGGAAUAUGGAGAGGCGUUCGGAGAGAGAGAGCUCCCAUAGUGGAAGAAGUGUGGUCAUUUAGUC